AUGAUGGUACCACGAGCCUUCGUCUUCGGUUCAACCUCGCCUCGGAAGGCAACCCAACCGUGCCCGUUGAAAGAGAAGGCAGUGUCUCUUCCUGGGCAGCCCCCUGAACCGACCUUCUAUCAUGAGAUGAGUCCCCGGGGCUUGUCAAACACCUCUCCGGUGGGUAUCCCACAACGUCGAAACCCCCACGCCCCAGUGCGCCGGGAUGCUCGCUCUCGCACCUCUUCCAACACCACCCGGUCGAACCGCCGGUCAUCUUCUGCUUCAUCAAAUGACCGACCGGUACCCUCUGCAGUAGCGUCGAUGCUGGAUGCUACUGCCAUUCCAGUUCCAAGACGUACCUGGUCCUCCCGAAGACCUCGGAAGCUUCCGCCAGGCAACCCUAUGGAAGAGUUCAGUCGGAUGAUGCAGGAAGGAGUCAAGUCGAAAGAGGACACAUUUACUGGAACGAGCAACUCUCCAUUGGACUUGCUUCUUAGUCCCCUAGAUGAAGACAAUGAGGAGUACACCGGCAACGAUCCCGAACUGGCCUCGCCGCGUUCUGUGAGAUCAGUGUCGAGUGACUCCAUGCCUUCGCUCGUUCACGACAUUGGAUCGCCCUUGAGUAUCUCCCAGCCGUUGACCCCAGGAAGUCCAAAAACGCCGUCCGAUAGACGACAUUUGCGCUAUUCGACCGUCCUUGACUGCGCUUUGGACCAUCCUCUCCUAGAAACGGAGGUGGAAGAAGGCGAUUUCAUAGACAUACAGGCUCAUGCGGAACCGGAGAUCCAAAACGUACGGCCGACCAAGCGAACGGCGUCAUUUCGAAAUAUCACCAGCUUCCGAUCUUCGUUCAAAUCUAACCUGACGGCAUCGUUGCGGGCCAUCAAAUCCGCCGCUCAGUCCGUUUCCACCUUUGCCACGCCAUCUGUCCAGCCGGAUGAUUUCCUUACUCGUUCUCUGUUUACGAUUACGCCUGAACUUACCGAUGACCGUCGCCCUCCGCCAAUGCAGGACCCCCCAUCCCUGCAUUACGACGAUACCUAA